CUUUAACAAAGAUUGUAACGUAUAGCUUGAAUUCAAUGCUUCGAUUCAUUUUGUUUGGAAUAUUGGGGGAGGAUAUUCGGUUGCCGAGACGAUAGCUCCCAAUGCGUACGAGACCAGAAUACUUGGAAAAAUGAAACCGACCCUUUCUACAGAGAGAAACUCACACGAUACGAGCAUUUUUAACUUGUAGAAUCUAGAGCGAGAAAGUCACGCACUGGGUUCGCUUCCAAUCGUACGUGUUCCAAGUCUUUCUUUUCCUUAUCUAUUCCCUAUCUUAUUACUCUAAAAAUGGGGCUGAUUUCGGGGAUUUUCAUGGGGAUGAUAUUCGGGAUUGCAUUGAUGGCCGGAUGGAAACAUAUGAUGCGGUACAGAAGCACCAAGCGAGUUGCUAAGGCUGUCGAUAUAAAACUUCUUGGAUCUCUUAAUCGAGAUGACUUAAGGAAAAUUUGCGGUGAAAAUUUUCCGGAAUGGAUAUCUUUCCCCGUUUUUGAACAGGUGAAAUGGCUGAACAAGCAACUGAGCAAAUUGUGGCCAUUUGUUGCAGAUGCAGCUGAAAUGGUGAUAAAAGAAUCUGUUGAGCCACUUCUGGAGGAAUACCGACCACCUGGAAUUACUUCGCUAAAGUUCAGCAAAUUGUCUCUCGGUAAUGUGGCACCCAAAAUUGAAGGUAUUCGUGUUCAGAGUCUUAAGGAAGGCCAAAUUACAAUGGAUAUUGAUUUCCGUUGGGGUGGUGAUCCAAGCAUCAUUUUAGGCGCUGAAGCUGCUCUUGUUGCUUCAAUACCCAUUCAGCUGAAGGAUCUUCAGGUUUUCACUGUUGUUCGUGUUAUCUUCCAACUUGCUGAAGAGAUACCUUGUAUUUCUGCUGUUGUUGUUGCCCUACUUUCAGAGCCAAAGCCUAGAAUCGAGUAUAAUCUGAAGGCUGUUGGUGGAAGCUUAACAGCUAUCCCUGGACUUUCAGAUAUGAUUGAUGAUACAGUGAAUUCAAUUGUCACGGAUAUGCUCCAAUGGCCCCAUAGGAUUGUUGUUCCAAUUGGUGGUAUGCCUGUUGAUACAAGUGAAUUAGAGCUUAAACCACAGGGAAAGCUUACCUUGACGGUUGUGAAAGCGAAUGAUUUGAAGAACAUGGAAAUGAUUGGCAAAUCUGAUCCCUAUGUUAUUGUGUACAUUCGACCUCUAUACAAGGUCAAAACAAAUGUUGUUGAAAACAACCUCAAUCCUGUUUGGAAUCAGACAUUCGAGUUAAUUGCAGAAGACAAGGAGACACAAUUCCUUGUGUUUGAGGUUUGUGAUAAGGACAUUGGACAAGACAAGAGACUGGGAAUAGUAAAGCUACCUUUGAUUGAGCUGGAAGCUGAAAGCAUGAAAGAGUUUGAUUUGAGAUUGCUACCAUCACUGGACAUGCUGAAAAUAAAAGAUAAGAAAGAUAGGGGGACUAUUACAGUGAAGGUUUUGUAUCAUGAAUUUAACAAAGAAGAGCAGUUGAUUGCUCUAGAGGAAGAGAAGAGGGUCCUAGAGGAAAGAAAGAAACUGAAACAAGAGGGAGUCAUUGGGAGUACGAUGGAUGCACUUGAUGGAGCAGUAUCACUGGUUGGGUCUGGUGUGGGAAUGGUGGGUACUGGUAUUGGUGCUGGGGUGGGGCUUGUGGGAACUGGCAUUGGUGCUGGGGUUGGGCUUGUGGGAACGGGCGUUGGCACUGGAGUUGGGAUUGUUGGGAGUGGCCUUGGAGCUGUGGGCAGUGGAAUGAGCAAAGCAGGAAAGUUCAUGGGCAGAACCAUUACAGGGCAAUCGAGCCACUCCAGGAGGAGUGGUUCCACAACUCCAGUGAACAGUGUCCAAGAAAAUGGUGGUGCCAAGCCACUGUAGUCUUCCUGCAAACUUGCUGCCGGAGUAUGUGAGCUGACCUGGUUUGUGCGCUUUAAUGACUGGAUAGACAACAUAUUUUCCUUUUUCUCUUGUUACCACUGUAUCUUCUCCAACUCUACUCUAUCUGCUGGCAUGGAAAAUGAUGCACAAUUAUUGGCUAUUUUCUAAAUUCAGCUGUCUCAUCCCAGAUUCCCAAAUGGGUUCCGGAUAACAGGAUAUGCAUUCUCUCAAACAUAGCAUUCUCUGUAAUUUUUUGAUCCA